UUUGACAUGAGUCAGUGGUCAGUAAUUUUUAAUCUAUAGUUUACCUAUGACAAGUGAAAUCGGAGAAAUCGCUUUGAUAAAUAUUCGAGUAUAAUUUGGAAAAAUGUCCUUUUUCGGGGUGGGGAAUCCUUUUUCUACGCCCGUGGGGCAAAAAAUAGAACAAGCUACAGAUGGGAACCUUCCAUCAGAAAACUGGGCACUUAAUAUGGAAAUAUGUGACAUCAUAAAUAGCAGUACAGACGGUCCGAAGGAUGCCGUGAAGGCUAUUAGGAGGAAGUUGACUCAGAGUGCUGGUAAAAACUACACGGUGGUAAUGUACACAUUGACUGUCCUGGAGACAUGUGUGAAAAAUUGCGGGAAGCCAUUCCAUGUUUUAGUUUGCCAUAAGGAAUUCAUAUCUGAACUGGUAAAACUUAUCGGACCUAAAAAUGACCCGCCAACAGUGGUACAGGAGAAGGUACUAAGUCUCAUUCAGUGCUGGGCAGACGCGUUCCAAAACCAACCCGACCUUCAGGGAGUUGUGCAGAUUUACAAUGAGCUGAAGACAAAGGGCAUUGAGUUCCCUAUGACCGACUUAGACGCUAUGGCCCCUAUAUUCACGCCACAGAGGAGUGUGCCGGACGGUGUGGACGGCCCAGUAGUGAUGUCGCCGCAGCGCGCGCCGCCCAGCGAGCCCUUGAGGCCCGCACAGGAUCAGGGCUCCGCCACGGUGUCACUGUCAGACAGCCAGAUAAGCAAAUUGCGCGCGGACCUGGGCGUGGUGGAGGGCAACAUGGCCGUGAUGGCCGACAUGCUCAACGACCUCACUGCGCAGCCGCCCGCGCAGCAACACCACAGCGACAUCGAGCUGCUUAACGAAUUGGCGGACACUCUGCGAAGCAUGCAGAGCCGCGUGGCGGAGCUGGUGGCGCGGCUGGCGGACGCCGCGCCGCUCACGGCCGAGCUGCUGCACGCCAACGACCGCCUCCACAACCUGCUGCUCCGCCACUCGCGGCUGCUCAGCAACAGAAACGCCGUGACCGGGGCCGCGACUCCAUCCGCCAUAUUGGGUGCUGCCAUGGGAGUGCCCGGUUCUACCGAAUCACCAAAGAAGACUGAAGAAGAUGCCCUGAUAGAUCUCAGCGACGAUGUCCCUGACAUUGCCAAAUUAAGUGUGAAGGACUCUCAGCCGGAUAAGUCUCCGGGCUCCAAGGAUGAGUUCGACAUGUUCGCUCAGUCCAGGAAUGUCAGCUAUGACACCGCGAAGUCUGGCGGCAGCAGCUACGCGGCCAGCCUGGAGCCGCAGACGCCGGCGCUGGCGGCCGCGGCCGCGCUGCGCUCCGCUCAGCCGCCGUCGGGAAUCGACGAAAGGGAAAUUGAUGAGAUUGCCGCUUGGUUGGCGGCUGAAAAGGCCGCUACAGAAGCAAACGGCGCACAAGAAAGCGUGACAAGUAGCGAUUUCGAAAAGUUCCUUGCUGAGCGCGCAGCUGCAGCCGAAAACCUGCCUAACGCCUCAGAGAAUAGAGGCCAGAGUACCCCGCAGGGCACGCCGCGACAUCGACAGAUUAAAAAGGAAGAGCAGGACUCCAAGUUCGCUCUCUGAUAUGUUUUAGCGUAAGCCGAUAAUGACGAUGUUACUCGUACAAUGUUAUGGGUAUUGAUACUUUAAAAAAAAACGGCAUUUUUUUUUAAAUUUUAAUUUUUCACAUCAAAUAAUUAUCGUUGCUUUAAAAACAUAUUUUUCUUCAUCUUUAUUCCAAAGAUUUCUAAUUAAAUAUUAAAAAAAUAUAUUUACAUUAACGUCGAGUAACUAAAUUAAACUCUGAUCAUGGAUUUUUAUUUCUUUUUCCCAUCGCAAUUGUUUAUAGGAUAUAUUGUAAAAUUAUGUUUAGGAAUGUGUAUAUUUACUAAUUUAAAAAUUAAAUAUUAAUUUUACGAAACAAUCCAAGAGCUUGGUUAUGGUUAAUAAGUAAACGUAAUUUAUGAAGUAGAAAUGUCUUGAAAUCUCGAGCCAUUCAACAUAAUCAUACAACCCCAUACAUUGUACUUGCAACAGAAACCAGUAUUUCGCGACAUACGAUAGAGAGUUGUUUUCGCAUGGAGUGUGAGAGCCGGGGAGAGGACGGUACUAAGGCCCACUUUACGGGAACUCUGGUUAGGUUAGUGAUGGUGCAGUGAUGUGGCAAACGCAUUGCAAAGUCAUUCGGUAAUUCUGUCUUGUAAUCCUUAACUGGAGAGAAAAAUUUAAUACUCAAACCAUUGAGCAAUAAAAAAGUACUUGUUAACUACAAGUAUUUUUUUAUUGCUCAAAUUAAUAUGUCAAUAUUUUUUAAAUAUGAUAUUUCUUUCCAGACAAUAAUGAAAAAUAAUAUAAAUACUUACAAAAUAAUAAAUUGAAGUAAAUCACAUUGUAUGUUUUCAACUAAGUUACUUUUAAACAGAGUUUCGUUUUGUGUAAUUAGGGCCUUAUACAGUAUGCCGAUAGGUGCCUGGCUUUUUGUAGUUGUUGGAAUAUAUUAAGCUGACUAAUCGAUUGGAACUAUUUUUAAGGGGAACGAUUAAUUGGUAUUAAAAUUUAUACAUUAGAUUCAUAUUACAGCUGCUGUAAUAUUUUUAUUUUGUCAAAUAUUAUUUACAAAAUAGUGUUAAAAUGCUGUGCAGUUACAUAACAGUAUGAGAAUAUUAAAACAACAUACAAAUUCCAUAUUCAUAUUUUUCUGGAUUAAGAACAUUGUCAACCUAGGUUUAUAAUAAAUCCUUACUAAUAAAAUAAAAUAAAAUUAAAAAUAAUAAAAAUCCUUACUAAAAUUUUCCCCCAUUUAAAAAUACAUAUAUGUGGUUUUCAUUUUAUACGAAUGUGCAUGAAUGAAGGAGAGAAUAUGAAUAUGUUAUAGACCUUGGUUAAUACUGUCUUUAAUCCAAGUAACACGAAAUAUAUAUUGAAAUAUUCACGCCUUAUUUUGGUGUUACUUUUGUAUGGAAAAUCGAUGUGUCCGCAUGCCCCUUAAGGUCGAAACUCGCCGAAACAGAAUAUUCGGUCGCGAAUCUUAGUUUGGUAAGUAGUAGUCCCACCUCAGCUAUGUCGGCGAGUUAGCCCCAAGACAAGCUUAUUUUAGUUUAGCGGCUGUGAUGUGCCUUCAAAUACUUCAAUGUAGCUUCACGUACAACUAAUCGACUUAUUAGGGUAAAAACUAGGGGUUGGACAAUAUAUUGUAUAGUUUCUUUAUUUAUGAAAAUACUUCGAGACUGACCAGUCUGUCAAGAAAAUUGAGAAAAUGAGGGCGCUAUCUAUUCUUGGCUGGCGACACUGGGGUUUAUCGACCAAUCUUGACCAUACUAUUUGGUAUUGCAAUAGCAAAAAAAUGUAGUUCGUUAAAAAUCCGUUUUCUUCACUUUCUUGACAGACUAAGCAAGGACCUUUUAGGAAAAAAAAUUGUUUUAUACACUACAUAAACAUUGCAAUAAAUUUCGUAUUCUCAAUGAACAAAUGGUAAUUAGUCAUGUUUAGUACGUUUUAAUUUGAAACUUAAAUUUAAAUUGCCGCCCCCUCUUAAACACACUUUUCGUAAAAAAUAAAAAAAUCGUAGACGCCAAACUGAGGAGUGGUUCUGUCCUGCGUAGAAUCAUUUAUGUAGAUCACUACCGUGGGAGCAUUUAAUAAAGGCUAGGACUUGUUCACUCGAUUUUAUGUAUCGAUGGAGCGACAGGAUGGAAUGUGAUUAAUAUUUGUUUUUAAAUAUGUUCUGUGGUACUUACAGUAUCUUUAUGCAUAAUCAGCAUUUGAUCACAAUGCGGAUUACAAUCAUGAAAUGACAUGAAUUUAUUUACUUUUGUUUAAAUCUAAAACUUAUAUUUUUUGUUAAAGAAUUGAGAUUAUUUGGUUGUUUAAAAAAUAAAUGAUAAUGAAUACAUUUUGCAUACUGAGAAAAGGCAUUUAAAUUAAGGAUUAAUCAUGUAUGAAUCUUGUAGUCAUCAUAUAUAUAUAUAUAUAUAUAUAUAUAUAUAUAUAUAUAUAUAUAUAUAUAUAUAUAUAUAUAACUCACGUUACUGAGUGACUGACAGACAACGCACAGCCGAAACGACUGGGCGUAGAAAGCUGAAAUUUGGUGUGUAGAUUCCUAGGUCAAUGCACUAAGAAGGGAUUUCCUGAAAUUCCCACGGGAAACGGAUUUUUAUACACAUACGAAGUCGUGGGUAAAAGCUAGUAUAUUUAUAAAUCCUUGCAUGUCUUACCUUUCCUGGAUUUUUAUAUUUACUUUAUGUAUUAGAAAUCCGCUUUUCCUUAUAGGCAUAGAUAUUAUAUGUUGGGUUGGAUGCAUAUUACAUAUUGUAGAAGUAUCACUAUGUUAGAAUUUGAAUAAACUGGCCUAAUAGCAAAUUGCACAGAUUAAAACUGAACGAACUUUUAUCAACCUACGGCAUUGGAAACUGAUUUCAUUCUUAUUAUUUUACACAGAAUAUCUCGCCUGAAGUCCAAAUCUUUAAAAUUUUAGUAGCGUAACAUAUAAAUCAUUCUCACUCUUUCACUCAAUGGUUAAUUUGAGUUGGUUGCCAAAAAGAAAUUAAUGUUUAACUUUUUUUGUUCUCAUCAAUCAAAUUGGCUGAUAAACUGAGCGGACUGUGGAUAAAUUUCCUUUGGUAGUUGUUGUAUUCCAUGCAUAACUUAAAUUACCCAGUAUUUUAUUUCUUAACUUAUCAAGUAAAUAAAUGCAAUGCCGAUAGCCGCUACUAAAAGUUUCUUCGUGCAUAACAAAAGUUACCUGUAUACCCUGUACCAAAGUAUCCUGUGACUGUAAUCGGAUCAUUCCAUUUUGUCUCAAUUAAAUGUUCUUUUGGUAUUAAUGUGAUAAUUUGAAGAGAACAAGCUUAACGUUAUUUAAAAGAGUUAUUUUAUGUUGUAAUAAUCGUUGUAUUUAAGAUAAUAAAAUAAUUAUCAGAAAAA